AAGACAUUCUCCGCUGCUUCGUGUUUUAAUCUUUCUCUCCAACAAAAGAAGAUCUUUAAACAACAACAACAUCAGCAACAGCCUCUUUUUGUACCAUAUUACAUUCAUCAACACUCACAACAAUUUAGAGAAUUUUCUUCUUCGACUUUAAAAAACAAAAUAAUCAACAUGACUAUUGCUCAAGUUCUUCAAGAUGAAAAAUUGAAACACUUUGUUUGCCCAGAGAAGGUUCCUGUUACUAGAUUGGAAUUGGAUGAAGCUUGGAAUGCUUUGGAUGAACAACAAAAGUUGUAUGCUCACUACUUUUCCAGAGCAGCUAUUAGUGGAACAGGAAUUGUUUUAGGGCAAUGUUCUGAAGAAUCUCCAUUGAUUUACAAAUUGUUGGUUUUGCUUUGUGAUGAUUUGGCAUUAUUGAAGGAAAAGACAUUGAAUGCUGGAGUGAGUGAAAAGGACUAUGAUUCCUUCUUGCAAUAUUCUGUCCAAUUCUUUGGUAAUUUGGGAAAUUAUGUGUCCUUUGGUGACAGUAAAUUCGUUCCAAGAUUGGAGGUUUCAGAAUUUGAAAAGAUUGUUAAUUGUGUAAAUAAUGAACAAGCUGUUACCUUGUUCCAACAAGUUAAGGAACCAUUGUAUAGUUUGGAUACUAAUUUAUUGGAAUUAUCCUUUGGUAACUCUUCAUAUUAUAAUAGAGAAGUCACUUCUCAUGAUGCUGAAAGAGUCAAGUCAUUCAUGGAAUCCAACUCAAUUGCUGCUGAAAAUACUAGACUUUUCAAGACUGGAGAAAAUCAAUUCGAACUCAAGAUUGCAAGUGCUAGUCCAAAGGCUUCCACCACUCACACCCAUGAAGAUUUGACCAUUACCACUACUUAUGGUGAUUUCAGUAAGGAAUUGGCUGGUGUUCGUGACAAUUUGGAGAGAGCUCUUCCAUAUUCCGCAAACGAAUUCCAAAAGAACAUGUUAAUCAAAUAUCGUCAACACUUUGAUGGAGGUGAUUUCAAAGAUUUCUGUGACUCUCAAAUUCAAUGGGUUCAAGAUAAGGGGCCUAUUAUUGAAACCAACAUUGGUUUCAUAGAGACCUACCGUGAUGUUUUAAGAGUCAGAGCAGAAUUUGAAGGAUUUGUUGCUGUUGUCAAUCGUAUUGCUAGUAUGAAAGCCCAAGCUGUCGUUGAGGAUGCUGAAAAAUUCAUUUCUCGUUUGCCAUGGAAUACUGACAAGACUAAUGGAGACAAGAAGCCAUUCGAAGUUGAAACAUUUACCAAGCCAGAUUUUACUAGUUUGGAGGUUUUGACAUUUACAUCAAGUGGUUUGCCAGCUGGUAUCAAUAUUCCAAAUCAAUUCUUUAUCAGAGAAUCUCAUGGUUUCAAGAAUGUUUCUUUGGGUAAUGUUCUCAAUGCUCCAACUGCUCAAGGUGAAGAAAUUACCUUCUUGAAUGAGGAAGAUAAGAAGAUUUUCAAGGACUACAAAGGAAAGGCAUUUGAAAUUCAAGUCUUGAUUCACGAAUUGCUUGGUCACGGAAGUGGUAAGCUCAUGAAGGAAAAUGACAUUAAGGGUAUUAUUCACCCAAUUACCAAACAACCAAUCACUACCUUCUAUAAGGAAGGCGAAACUUUCAAUAGUGUAAUUGGUGAAAUCAGUAAUGCUUUUGAAGAAUGUCGUGCUGAAUGUACUGGUAUCUAUUUGUGCUUGGAUAGAGAAAUCUUAAAGAUUUGUGGUGUUGAAGGUGAAGAAGCUAACAAGAUUAUCUAUGCCAACUGGUUGCUCAUGGUUAGAUCUGGUUUGUUAGCUCUUCAAUUCUACAACCCAGAUACCAAGACUUGGAAUCAAGCCCACAUGAUGGCCAGAUAUUCAAUUCUCAGAGUUUUGAUGGAAGCUGGAUUGGUUAAAAUCAGCAAGUUGGAAGAUGAUUUACAAAUUGUUUUUGAUGGUAGCAAGAUUGAAACUGCUGGAAAGGAAGCAAUUGGAAACUAUUUGCUCCAUAUCAAUGUUUCAAAGGCUACUGCUGACAAGGCAGAUGCUACUCAACUUUUUGGUAAAUAUACAGCUGUUAAUGAAGAAUUUGUUGAGAUGAGAAAGAUUGUCUUGAAUAAGAAACAACCAAGACGUGUGUUUGCUCAACCUCAUACUGUCAUUAAUAAGGACGGUAAGGUUGAAUUGCUAAACUUCCCAGCAACAUCUGAAGGAAUGAUUAAUGCCUUUGUUGCCCAAGCAAAGCUUAAUCAAUAAAUUAUUUAUUUAUUGUC